UCUCACGUGACAAUACCAUUCCGCGGACCACGUUAAUUAAGUAACCUGCUCAAUGCGACGUUGGCCGUUACUCUUACUGCCCGCUGUAGCGGCGCGCCUGAGUUCGCUGCCUGAAGACCCUUACGCAUUCCCGAAGUUCGCAGUUGACUUUCUGGACCAUCUACCCGUCCCCAAUGACACCGCGCAACGAUGGCUUGCCAAUGGCAUACGUGGCGGACAACGCGAAUUUCUCGGUCAGCCUUGGGAAGACCCCCGACAUCCACCGGCCCUAGGCAAUGGAAAUGAACAGCAAGCCGUAUUGACAGAAGAUGUUGUAUCAACACCGGACGUGUCAAAUGAUUUCUCUCUCGACUUCAUGAAAAUGGGAGCUGACGAGUACAUCUGUCUUAUUCCUAAACCGCUGGAGCAUCUCGACGUGGAAGAAGAAGCAGAAGAGGAACCGGAACCUAUGCACACUUGGUCGCUUUUACUUCCUCUUGUUGGCAACUGCUUAUAUCAUCGGCAACCGUGGUUCACAUACUCUUAUUGUCACAACAAGGAAAUCCGCCAAUUCCGUGAGCUGAUACAGGCACGUCCCGCCGCCGGUGCCGCUCAUCACCCCGAAGAAGAUCCCACUUGGGAAUCAUACACUCUUGGACGAGCGCCGGAAGCUGCGAUCGAACCCGGUGCCGAGUUGACUGUGGCGCAACAAGAUGCGAUUGCUGCCAACGUUGAACUCGCGCGGUCUACUGGUUCUCGCUAUUUGGUUCAGCGAUGGGGUGAUGGCACGGUGUGCGACAAGUCAGGCAAACCCCGCGAAGUUGAAGUGCAGUUUCACUGCUCGAUGACAACCACGGAUGCGAUUGCCUUUGUAAAAGAGACCAAGACGUGUGCCUAUGUGUUAGUUGUACACACUCCCAGGCUGUGCGGUGAGCCCGGAUUCAUGUCCAAGAAGGACGCCGGGGAACAGGCUACGAUUUCCUGCCGGCAAAUCGUGGCAGAGGAUCGGGCGGCCGAGGCGGGGACGCGACUUUCAGCGGGAACGGACCAUCCAUUGAAGCUGGCACGUCCCAAACCUGUACUGCCAGUGCCUGCUGCCAAAGGAUCCGGGAGCGGAGGGACGAUUGACGGAUUGCUGGACGCGAAGCAUUCGGACGCGUUGCGCAAAGCGAUCGGUACGCUAAAGGACGGGGACUGGAAAUCGGGGACGCCAAUUGAGAUGGAGAUGGUCGAAGACGAGGAGGGAAAUAUCGUCGUCCAGUUCUACGACGGAUUGGAGGACAUCGAGGAGGGGGGAGAUGUUGUCGCAGAUAUGAUCGUCAAGGCUCUGCGAGACGAGGGCUUCAACAUCCGGGUUGCCACCGAGGAGGAGGAGCACCAGCACUCGAAGAACAAGAAGAAACGGGUUGAUGAGAAUUGAUCUGUACAGAAUAUCAUAUCAUGUCUUGUAGGGACGAGUUUAACUGAUCGCUAUACAGGAUUACAUGUCUAAAUUGUCACUAAAUAGAUGAAAAGAUGGGAAAUAAUAGUAGCUGUAAGAAUAGCAAUGUAGGGAUCCAGCUGGAGGAAGUGCCUCAGAAAAAGCGCCUUUUCGUCGGUUUCUCCGAUACCGUGACCUUGAUAUGCACAUGUUGAGGCGCAAAGCCAGGUCUGGAACAAGGCACGAUGUCCCGCAGCCAUUCGUCGCCGUCAUCUUCCUCAUCUGGAUCAAAGUCGUGGUCCGCGCAAAACCCGCCGGAAGGAUCCAUUGGCCCCUCGCCACGCACAUGGCAUCCGCACAGCAGGUUGCUCUCUUUCCCCUUGCCCUUGACCAGAUCCGUCAGCGUGCAGCGCGCCGACGGCUCAACAUGCAGCAUUCUCCGCAGCGCCGGUCGAGUCUCCCGGGGCAGCAGCCGGAAAAUCGACUCGGCCCCUCCGCCGUGGAAAGUCGUAACGCUGUCAGUCCGCUGUCUGCGUUUCGGUGGCUCUGGAAUCGGCGGCAAAGGGGGCUUCGGGGUUCCUGGUCCUGCAAAGUCGGCGUUGCAUCGGACGCCGUCGACUCAGUGGUCACCACAACGGGUUCCUCGACAGCCUGUUUCGCCAGAUGCGGCGGCGACUGGAAGGCGUUGAAAGUCGCGGCCCGCGUUCUGGGGGGCAUCACAGGAUUGGCACUCAGCGGCAUGGUUGCGACCUUGGGGGUCGGCAGAUCAUCCGCUCGGGCCCGAGGUGUCGCAGGGAACUCCAUCAGCCCAUCCCGAGGACUGAGCGGCAGACUCUCCGUUGAAUUGCCGGGACGUGCAAACUUGAGCACCGAAGGAUCCAUUUCGCGAUCACCGUCGGCAGGACUCUCGGACAGCAUCAGCCGAGAGAUGUCAGGCAACGUAGCCGUGCUUGGAAACAUCGUGUCGUGCAGCUGCAGCCGACGAGAGGCCACAUCAAAUGACCCGUUACUCUGGGUGGACAAUCUCGUCGGAGGCUCGGUCAACAUGGUCGCCACCGAGCCCCGAUCCGUGAAAAUGGAAGGUGUUUCCGAGGAGUUACGUGUGCUCGUUGGAUCUCCUUCAACGCUGCCGGUGUCCAACUUACCGGUGCUCGAAGCACGCUCACGUGCUCGGGGUGAGCCCAGCAACGGUGCCGGCGGGGAUGAGGAAGGCGGUGGGAGGGUCGUCCCGCGCUUGGCUAUGAGCUUCUUCUCUUUGGGAAUCGACAAGUCAGGAUGCGCGUUGACGAAGGCCUUGAAGCUCGGGUCCGUCUUGGGGUUUGGGAUCGUCCAAGGAAAGCGUCGGAGGACCAUACACAUAAACAUAAUCCCCACACUCCAGACAUCCGUUUUGCGGGGGUCGUACGGCUCCCCGCUAAGCACUUCCGGGGCAAGCUUGCCCGGGUAGUGGAAGACGGUAGCCGUCCCAAAAUCAAUCAGCUUCACGACAUUGUCCAUGGUCAUGACACAGUUGUCCAGCUUGAGAUCCCGAUCUCCGGUCGACACAUCUUCCCAGACAUCACCACGCUGAACAGGUCGUACGGAGCGUACUCCAUGACCUAGAAUAGACAGGUUACGGCUAGAAGGCGAGCUGAAGCUCAAAAAAACACACCUCGUAAUAGUGCCCAUGAUCCGAGACAAUAUCCACCGUCGCGAUGAUGUUUGCGUGCUUCAAAGUAGACCCGACACAAAAUUCGGCCGUAACUUUCUUCUGAUACUCUUUCUCGCUCUCUCCGGUGCGCUUCGGCCGGAACUGCUUGACGGCAAAAAUUGAGCCACCGUUCUUGCUGCUGGCCUUAAUCAGGCGGACGGUGCCCCCGGCGCCACUACCGAGGACCCGACCCCAUUUACCGUACUUCUUACCGAGAUGAGCGUGAGUGGCCUCCUCGAGCGAGUGGAAGACGUGCAGUGCCGGAGGCGAUGAUCGGGCUGUAUUGAAGCUCGGGGCCUUUGAUGGCGCUAUCGAAGGGGCUUUCGAUGGCGCUUUCGCAUGUUGGAUUGGGGGCGUGGAGGGCGCGGACGGUGUUUCAGCAGAAAUCGGGGACGCACGAUCGCUGCUGAGCUGUUCGCUAAAGUUGGAGCGUGCUGGAGAUGGAGUGCGGUCUUCGCUCGGGGUCCGGUCCUUGCUCUGUUUGAUCGGAAGGGACUUUACGUCCUUGUCCUUGUCCUUGUCCUUCCGCAUGAGCGAUCCGAGCUUGCUUUCACGGAAGGACGAACGAGCGGAUAUGCUCUCGGCCUUCGAGUUCGGGGCGGCGGGCUCGACUGCAAGCCCCGCCAUAGCCUCCGGCUUCGGCGACGCAGUGGGGGGGUCAAAAUAGGCCGAUGGCGGAUGCGUCGACGCGUCCAGAUGGGAGGGAGAACUGUGAUGCCCGCCGGGGGAAUGUGGAAUAUGGUUGUUCAGGAAGCGUUUGAGGUCGUGGAGUGGGCCAUGUGCAAGCUUGGACACGGCGCCGUUCGUAAGUGGCAUCGCCGCCGGGGGUGACCCAGGCGUGAGGGAGGGACUACCCGCCGAGGGCGAAGAGUUCGGUCCAACGCUCAACUUCCUGUGGGGUACGAAGCGAAAUUUGGAGCGGGUAGUUGGGGACGUGUCGUGCGGGAGUCCUGCGACGUCCGGAGGGGGUAUAGGGUCGAGGCGGAGGGACUGUGGUGGAUGAGAACAAGCUCGCUGGAGGAUAUCAAACGUACGGCAUUAGGCUGUGAAGGGACUACGAGGUCAGGCAUGGUUGUCGGAGGGAGAGCAUGGAUCCAAUGGCUUACAUCAAAUCAGAAUCUCUCAUUACCGAGUUGUCACUUUCUCCUUUGUCACGCAACCUGUGACAAGAUUUGAUUUUUCAGCGCAGGCAGCUGCGAUAAAGUGUCGCAUCUCCAUCUUCUUGAUCCCAAGCAAAGGGAUGGCCCGUGUAGCCUGUGCUCACAGGGAUCUCCACAGCCGACCGGACCGAUGCGUUUUGCGCGGAU